CCUUCGGCCACGUCUGCACCUUUUGCACUGAGCUUAGGCCUUAGGGUUUUAGGGAGGUGUAGUAUAAUCCUCCAUUGGAAAUUCUGGAGAUUAGGGUUUGCUUUUCUAAAGGGGUCUCUCCUGUCGAGCACUUUGAGUAGAAAUUCCGGGCAUGGAGCGGCUGAAAUCUCUGAUUCCGAACGACCUCAAGCGGAUGAUCGGCGAGAGCACGACGGAAAACCUCACGAGCACUUGCUCUUCCCUUCUUGAAUUCUUCCGCCCUUUGCCUCAAUUUCAGCAUGUUAUUAAGGAGCUAACUGACCCGGAAAUGGCACUGUGUCGGAAAAGCAAGGCUGCAGCUCUGGAUUCGAAACAGAAAGGAAACGAGUGCUUCUCGAAAGGGGAUUAUGUGAAAGCUUUAAGCUAUUAUUCUCAGGCAUUACGGUAUGCACCAUUGAAUUAUGAUGAUAUAGAUGUGAACUUGGCAGCAACACUCUAUGUUAACCGUGCAUCCUCCAUGCAUAAAUUGGGCCUUUUGGAAGAGUGCAUACAUGACUGUAACAGAGCUAUUGCACUUUCUCCUGGUUAUGUUAAGGCAUGGUAUAGGAGAGGAAAGGCAAAUGCUUCAUUAAAAUGCUAUGAAGUUGCGAUACCUGAUUUAGAAGUUGCCUUUAGCAUGGAAGACACUUUGCCUAGGAAGAACCAUAUAAAAGAAGAGCUAAAGAUGGUACUAAGCAAAUUAAAUAGCACAAAAGGGGCAAGCAUCUCAACUAAUAAUAACAAAAAUGAGAAAUUGGCUGCUUCAGCUGAAUCGUACCAUAUUGCACUACAAUGUGUCUUCAUACCAUCUAAAGGCAGAGGAAUGACUUCCGCAGAUGACAUCCCUCCAGCUUCAUUGCUUCAUACUGAAGAACCACUUGCUGCGAUUGUGAUGAAGUCUUGCCGGGAGACUCAUUGCCAUUUUUGCUUCAGCGAAGUUCCAGCAGACGUCUUAUUCUGUCAUUCAUGUACGAUACCAAUUUACUGCUCUCAGCAUUGCCAGGAACAAGCGGGAGGGCAGCAGUUUUUGAGGAAUGAAGGCAGUUUCACUGUACAAAAGUGUCUAUCAGCAGAACUUGAAAAACAUGUAAUGAAUGCCAGCUUGGCAAACCAAGUCAGUUGCGCCGCAGCAGAUAUGAACAUUAAGAAAAAUCCUGAACACAGACAUGAAUGUGGAGGUGCACAUUGGUCUGCUGUUUUGCCCCAUGACGUCGUUUUGGCUGGACGAGUAAUGUCUAAGUAUAUAGAAAAGAAGUCUUCUGGGAAGAUUUCUAAUCCCCUGGAAACUUUGGAGUUCGCCCACAAUUACUGUCAGAUUCCUUUGGCUAAUAAAUUGGAGUUGCAUAUAUAUGCAACUGUCCUUUCGUAUUGUCUCCAGAAUUAUUAUGGUUCAGAUUUCCCAUCCAUUGGGGCUUCUGUAUCACAGUUGGUUCUGCUGAUUUCCCAAGUCAAGGUGAAUUCUAUGGCAGUUGUCCAUAUGAAUUCGUUAGAUGGACAUGAGGCACUGAAGAAGCCACUGAAGCUCUCCACAAUAGAAAAUGCUUUUACCUGCAAUACAGAACAGGCGAGAGUAGGUCAAGCUAUCUAUUCAACUGGAAGCUUGUUUAAUCACUCCUGCCAGCCAAAUAUUCAUGCUUAUUUUCUUGCGCGGAUGCUUUUAAUACGUUCAACAGAAUUUGUGCCAGCAUGGAAUCCACUUGAGCUAUCUUAUGGUCCCCAGGUUGGGCAAUUGGAUCUUCAAGGCAGGCAGAAUUUACUUGAAGAGCAAUACUCAUUUAAAUGCCAGUGCUCAAGUUGUUCAGAGUUGAACUUGUCAGACCUUAUUAUAAAUGCCUUUCGGUGUUCUCAUCCUGGCUGUCUAGGUGUGGUCUCACAUGUGGCUCAUUACAAAAAGAUUGAGGACGAUCUUUUGCAAGUUUCUGGUCCAUCUUAUAGCUGCAAACUCUCUUUGCCUUUUUCAAAGCAUAAAAUGGACAUCAGCAAGGUGGCACACAUGUUGCUUAAAGACAAAGGUGUCACGUGUGAUAUUUAUCCAGGAUAUUGCUUGAGUUGUGGCUUUUAUCGUGAUUUGAAAUCCUCAGUUACUGCUUCUAACAGCGCCAUGUUAAACAUCCAAAGGUUGAGGGAUUCUUUAAAUUCAAAAGAAGUUCCAGAAAUUUCAAUCUCAGAUGCCUUGGAAUCCUUAAGUCACCUUAAAUUGAUUUGGCAUCCAUAUAGCAAAGUUGUUGCAGAGGCUGAAGACAAUAUUGCAGAAGCCUAUGUUAGGAUUGGAGAUUUUGAACGUGCAAUGAAUCACUGCAUAGCAUCGAUAGAGAUCCUCAACAAGCUUUAUCAUGCCGAACAUAUUGUCAUCGGCCAUGAGUUGAUGAAGCUUACCUCCAUUCAGCUGUCCUUGGAUGAUCAUGCUGCUGCUCGUAGCAGCAUUAAACGAGCUGAAGCAAUAUUUUCACUUUAUUAUGGAUCUCACGUGACCAAAAUAUUUCCAUAUAUAGAAGCACUUAAGAGAGAGGCUGGAAGCCUUGCUUGUUGAGAAGGCCCACUCAAUUUAAGCAUUCAUGCUGGUCGCAUGAGAUUUGAGUCAGUGCAGCAAGACUUUUGUUUUGUUACAUCAGAUCAAGCAAGUGCUUGCAGGUUUGAACGUGUAGGAGUCCCAGGGUGCUCAUCAAGCUGCCAGUGUUGUAGAGCAGGCCUUGCUCACAUGCCUAUACUAAGUGAAGCUGUUUAGGCAUGUAAAAUUGGCAUCACAACUCUUCAAACCUGUAUGCAUGGUCAAAUGUAAAGGAAAAAUAUCUUUCAUAUCAAAAAAAAGGAAGGGUGGCAUCAUGUUGGAUUUUGUCUACUCAACAAUCGAAGUAGAGCGAGUGCAAUUAAAGAGGUUUAUGGCAAAAUAAUCCAGGACCGAGGCUGACUGCGAUACUUGGAGGCACUCGAUUGGGCUCUUACUGAAAGCUGUGCGGUAAAUUAACUGUAUGAUGGCUGAAAGGCUUGGAUUUGCGAGAUGUCAAAAUCUUUUCUAUUAUGGUGAGAAAUGCCUUCAGCGUCUCAACGUUUGACUACUUGAUCUGUACUCCAAAGUCUUGUUGCUACCCGAACAGAUAUUGCUUGUGAGAACUUUUCCGGAUGUCCGAGUUUCUGAUUUAAUUAGUGGACUUGAUGGAAUUUUUAUAUAAUGGCUGUACUUAAUUAGUAACAAACAUGAUUCGAUAUUUUUGCAA